UGAGAUCCCUUCUCCAGGGCAUCAUCGAGGAAGCCAGAAGCAUGGCAAGUCUGAGAGCGUGGCUCGUGUGCUUGCUGCUGUUAGCCUCGGUCCUCCCAGGAGCUUCCAGCCGAGCCCACCAGCACUCCAUGGAGACACGAAGUAGGUGCCUGGCUUAUGCCCCUGACAUCAAUCCAGCCUGGUACACAGGCCGUGGGAUCAGGCCUGUGGGCCGCUUCGGCAGGAGGAGGGUAGCCCCGAGGGAUGUCACUGUACCUGGCCUGCGGUGCCCGCUAAGCUGCCUCGCGCUGAAUGGAGAUGCCAAGCUCUCUCAGCAUGAAUGACAGCCCAGUUCAUGAAGACAGUGAUCCUGGGCCCAACACCCUCUUUCUCUUUACGCAGUCUCUCCUACCCUCCCUUUUCUCUGCUUUUCCUUCAGUCUAAUAAAAGUGCUGUCCUUG